UGCUUAUCUACUGUACUACACAGACGCAUGCGUCUUCAGUACUGCUUCGAAUCACUUAUCAGUGGAUAUUGAGGGGUAAUUCAAUUUGGUCACACCUUGUGAACUUUCGUCCCUCUUGAUCACAUGGGCGUGAUACAAUGGAUUAUUUGGGAAUGCACUCAUGGUCACGAUGUCAGGCUCUCCAACGACUAUCUUAAACCCGCAGGUUCUCUGUUACAGCAUUUCCAAACGAUAUGCCAAGACCACCAACAGAUUCCGCGGUCUCUGAUAAAGCCUGAUACAAUACUAACUUCUCGACAGAUCAGGAAAGGUUCAGGGUCUGCACAGGUAACCCACGAGAGAAUGACUGUGAUAGUACAUAAGGUUAAGUUAUUCACGGCAUAUUGUGGAGGAGCCCUAUAUACGAUAUUUCUUACUCCUCCUAGCGCCUGGGUACGCAAUGGUGUCUGCUGCAGAUUUCUUUCAACAAGAUUUUGAUUAUAUUAUCAUUGGAGGCGGAACAACUGGCCUUGCAUUGGCCUCAAUCCUUUCAACUAAUGCUAGUAUUCGUGUAGGAGUCAUUGAAGCAGGUCUGAGGAAGGAUGAUGAGAUGAUUCUUGUGCCUGGCUGUUGGAACUCAGACCCUGAAUAUGACUGGAAUUUGGUCACAAAACCUCAACCAUUCGCUCAGAACAGGGAGAUAUCAAUCCCUAGAGGCAAAGUUCUUGGUGGCACAUCAGCCUUGAAUUAUAUGGCUUACUGUCGCGGUUCCGAGCUCGAGCAUAACGACUGGGAGAAACUCGGCAUCAAAGGGUGGAAUUGGAAUGCCAUCAGUAAUGCAAUUAGAUCUGCUGAGGCUUGGAGCCCUCCAACUCAUCACGCCAAGGCACACCACGCAGAUAAUGUUGCGAAAAAUCAUGGCAGGUACGGCUAUGUCAAGACGAGUGCAUACAGCUACUAUUAUGAUCUCGUUUUGCCAUUGUUUGAGACCAUGAAUAAGAUGGGUGUGGUCACUAACCAAUCUGAAGCCUCCGGAGACAAUAUAGGUAUUUGGACGUACACAGCGUCCAUUGAUCCUCAAACCAAUACACGCUGUUACAGUACAAAUGCGUAUUAUGAUCGGGUUUCUGACCGACCAAACAUCAUUGUACUCACUGGCGCACAAGCUUCUAAAGUGAUUUUCAGACAAACCUCCAGUAGUGAUCUGCAAGCUACGGCAGUUGAAUAUCAUAAAGGAGGACGGACUUACAAAGUCCCUGUGCGCCGGGAAGUUAUCAUAUCAACUGGUGCUCUGCAAACCCCCCAGAUUCUAGAACUUUCAGGGAUUGGGAAUCCCGACCUCUUGCGUAGACUGAAUAUUCCUGUAAUAAUUGAUUUACCUGGCGUUGGCGAAAACCUUCAGGACCACCCUAAGGUAUCCAUCGGCGCAGAGCUGAAAGGCUCGCACGAGACCGUGGAUGAUCUCAAUUCAGAAAGCUUUGCUCAACAAAAACUAGAACAAUAUCGUCUUUCCAGAACAGGGAUGCUCAGUAGCACACUAUCUACCGUGGUAUUCGUUCCAUCGUCAUCUUUCAUUCCACCCGACAAGAUGCGGAAUAUAUUGUCAACCCUGGACGAGGCUCUACAAUUACCGCAAAUCCAAAACUCGCCCUGGAAAAAAUGCUACGAAGUCCAACGCGCCUGGCUUGAGAACAAUGGUAUUGCUCAGUUAGAGGUGGUUUUAGAACCUUCUUACACCCACGUCGAGUGCACUGACGAAAACGCUAAGCAUUACAUGAUAUUGGUCUUCUUGCAGCAUGCUUGGAGUCGAGGACAUGUGCAUGCAACUUCUUCAUCUGUGUUGGAUUCGCCAGAGAUUGACCUGGCAAUGCUCGAUUCUCUGGGAAACAUUGACAUGAUGAUGCUUUUGGAAGCUGUGAAAUAUGUUUUCAAGGUCAUGGAGACAGGGGCUCUGGGCGACUUGACUGCGGAAAUCAUUGAACCUAAACCUUCUUGGUCAGAUGAACGACUGAUGGAUUACAUCCGCUCAGAUAUCGCCAGCGGAUUCCAUCCUAUCGGGACAGCUUCGAUGCUCCCUCGAUCCGCUAAUGGCGUCGUCGAUAAUGAACUGAAGGUCAAAUUUAACAUUGAGUAUAAUUAUCUGUUAAACGAACUCACGGAUUCUUUACAGGUGUAUGGGACAACCAAUCUGAGAGUGGUGGACGCCAGCGUUUUCCCAAUCCAUGUGGGAACUCAUCCUCAAGCCACACUUUAUGGGUUAGCUCACAGAGCCGCAGAAAUCAUUCAAACCAGCGAAAAAGUUGAACUUUGAUAUCCUCGAUGGAAAGUAUUGUCCGUAGACGACUGUUUAUGCAAGUUUAUGUAUCAGCUUUUCUCCGCGGCAACAAUUCCAUAGAUAUCUCAAGCACCGAUAGUUCCUGUCCAUGUCUCAAUCAAGUCGAUUACACAGUAACCUUUCACAGGCACGUAUUGCUUAGUGAUCAUCUUGAUCACUUCUUGAGCGACCAUGCCACCAAGGAAAGCUGCAGUGUUGGGCAGCUCGGAAAAAGGUGCUCGAGCACUAGGUAAUGACAUAAGCCAUAAAUUUAA